ACCAUUUUUUGGACCCCCUUUUGGGGAGGGCCAAAUUUUUUUGUGCCCAUCUAGAAGGGAGGGCCACAAAUAUUUGGGCACCUAUUUCAGUAAAAAUAGUUAUAUUUCAAUGACCAAUUCAAUGGGCCCGUACACAGAUAAUGAAUGAAGGCUUCCAUGCAGAGAUAAUUAAAACGAAAUUUAUUUCACCAACACCAGAACAAUUUCUUUCACCAACGAUAAUAAAUCAUAUUUUAUACAUGUAAUGUCAAGUAUAACAACUAGUUGAUACUCAUAUAUUUCCUCACUUGCCGAGCCUGUAAAGUUCAUUGCUAAUUUCAGCAAUAUGGUGUACAUUGUUUCAUGUCAAUAAUAUGCGGUACAAUAAAAUCUAACAAACGGAAAUCUUACAAAUAUAUGGUCUGUAGUAUAAAAACAUAUACGUGAUCAGUCUGAGUCACAUAUUGGUUGACAGUAAGGUAUACAUCCAGAGGUUUCCCAGUAUGGACCAACAUGAAAUAUGAAUGACGAUGACGACGUGGAAGAGUUCAGCAAAAAGUAUGUGGUGGAAAAAAGGCUGGUUACACAGUACCUGGAACAUUUUCGCGAACUAGAAAGAAGGAAAAAAAAAGAGGGAAGAUAGCAGAAAGCGUGCAAAUCUGGAAGAAAAGAGAAAGACCUUUGAAGAUUACAACUGGAAAGCUAUUUACAGGGAAGGAAAAAUAAAGAAACUGAAAGUUGUUGUAUUGGACAUGUAUAUAUCAAUGAGAAAUUUGAAGCAGUCGAAAGGGGCGUUAAAGCAAGAAAAAGUCGAUAUCGUAUCACUUGACAUAGCAAAGUCGCUAGUCCCUGAUAACCGUCAACUUUCUGAUGAUGACAGAGAUAGUAACGACCAGGAUUCUGGUGACGACGAUGUUGUCGUGCAGGAGAUUGGAAGUGAUGAGGAUGAUAUUGAUUCCGACGACGAUGAAGGACAAAUUUAUGAAGGUGAUGCGGGAGAAGAGGAGGAGGAGGAAGAGAACAUUUCCAACCUUUUGCAGACCACAAGAUCUGGUAGAGUUUGCCGGACAUGGAAGGGACGAGCCAGUGCUAUAGACUAAUUUACAUAAAGAUUUCAAAUGAUGUACUAUUUAAUGCAUGUAUAGGAGUGUUUUAUACUAUAUAGCCAUAUUUUAUUCACGAAAUUAUGUCGCUGUUUGAUGCUUGACCGAUUGGAAGGAAGCUAUCUUAGGAAGGGGAGGGUCACAAUUUUCUGGGCUAUUAUUUUGUGGGGGGCUAAAAUUUUUGGGCGCUAAUUUGAAAGGGGGUCAACAUUUUUGGGCCCUCGUUUUAGAUAUUUUACCGGCCCUCCCCCCCUAAUAAUUAAUGACCGCUCCCUA